AUGGCGCCCGCCAGCACGCCUGGCAGAAAGAAGCGCGAGAACAACUUCCACGAUAUCGGAGUGCAAGGAAGAAAAACCGGCAUCACGCUAAAAGACACGGGAAUCCGCGACGAACAUGGCUUUGAGCCUAUUGAAGGGAUGUUCUCGUCGCCCGAGAAGCCUUCGCCGAGGCGCACCUCCCGCAGAACAGAUGUUACGCUCACAUCGGAGGAGAUGGAAGUACAGCAAAGCUCGAUGCCAGAACCCACCGAAGCCCUCAGCGCACGACAACUACUCAAGGGAAGCAGCAAGACUCGAUUCCCACCGCCUGUGGCUCGCUCACCGAUCAAGACAUCCCUCGGUUCCUCCCCGCGGCGGCAGUCUUCCAUGGGACCCCCGUCGCAAGCGCGCAGAUCUGCAAACACGCCGGGUCGCGCAUCGUCUCACCCGGUAGUAAGCCGAAAACUCGAUUUUGUCGCAGAUGACACCAUUGAAAGUAUCGAGCACAGCAGCCCAUUGCAGACGAACGGGAUUGGGUCGCGAGGCAAAGCGAAAGCGCGUCAGGAUAUCUACGAUAUACAAGCUUCGCCAGAGCGCGGACAAAAAAGGACGUUUGAUGAGAGCAUCGCCGAGGAAGAGGAGGAGGUGGAGGGGGUAACUGACAAUCCACUCGACGGCACCCUGGACGAUGAGCCUGUGCACAUGGAUGGCGACGACUCGCUAGAGUUGCUGCAAGCGAAUGGCGGCGCAGACGAGGACUUGGUCGACGAGGAGCCGGAGGUUGCGCCAGCAGUAAAGACGCCUACGAAGAGGAGAGGCCGGCCGCGGAGAAGCGACACAAGCAUCAUCGCAGCGGCCGCAGAGACAACAAAUACAAAAGGAAAGCCUGGGCGAAAGCCAGCAGCAGGCCGACCUCCGAAGAACAGGGCGUCGCUUCAGUCGGUAUCAGAGCCCCCAGAGGAACCUAGCGUAGUGCCGGCGCAGCCAAAGCGGCGCGGGCGUCCUCCUGCCGCGAAGAAGACCGCGGAUGAAAGCCUGGUGAAUGCACUCUUGGAGUCAGGCUCGGGAGUUGACGAGCCGUCUGUUGCCGAAGUCGCGGAUCCCGUUAAGAGAAAACGCGGCCGCCAGCCGGCCGCCGAGAAGCAAAAGAAGGGAUCGAAGGUGGACGUGCACAGAGACAACGAGCUCGACGAAGCAUCAGCAGAGGGGCCACCCGCCAAACGACGAAAAGGAGCGGCCACAAAACCACCGCCUUCAAAACGCGAUCCUAACGCCAAGAUAAAAUCUAAGAAAGCGAUGGAAAAGCAGCAGAGUCCCGUUAAAGGGUCCGUCAGGAGCAGCAGUCAGCAGCCAAGUCAUGUCCGCAGCCUUCAGAUUCUGCGGCAGGGCACGCCUAUGGAGGACGAUGGCGCAAAGACUACGCGCUUCGGGAGACACGUCAUCAAGCCGCUUGCGCAUUGGCGGAAUGAGCGCGCUGAGUAUACGUACGAUGGUGGCAUCCAAGCUAUUGUGCGCGCGGAGGAUAUCGAGCCACAGAAGCGGACCGGGAAUUACAGUGGCGUCAAGCGCAGACCGCGAGCUGGCAAGCGAGAAAUGAGCGUGGUGAAAGAAGAGGAAGAGGAGGAGCUAGAAGCGUGGGAGCAGGCUCCCGGCGUCAUCGAAGGCUUCGUCGAUGGGUGGGAUGAUACUCAGGACGUCGCAACGGAAGAGCAAGAGUCGCAAGAACUCGCCUUCGCGGCAUCCGCACUAGAAACCCGCGAGGUCGCCAACGCAAACUUCCAAUACGCCAAAAUCCUCUCGUUGCCCUUCUUCGGCAUCGGUAUGGUUGACGUGCCGGCCGGGGGCUUCAAGCGCGCAAAAAACACCAGGCGCAUGCAAUUAGCAUUCUUCGUGCACUACGGCAAGGUCUCGGUCACCGUAGGGGAGAACGAGUUCUCCAUCAGCAAAGGCGGCGUUUGGCAGGUUCCUAGAGGUUAG